UACAAAUCUAUGAAAUUAUAUUUCUUUAUAUAAAAUAUAAUUUAUAUUCAUAUUAAAGAUAAUAAAGAUUUCCUGUAAAAUUACAUUCAUUCAAAUAGAUUCAUAAGAAUAUAAAUGAUGUUGACAUUGAUGCAUUAUAUCUUAUACUUAACAAUAUUUCAUUGUAUAUUGAUAAAUGGCCAACGUGAUGUUCUUGAAGAUGAUAUUUCAAUGGCUGGUGGUGACAGAAACUCGGAACCUACAAUUGUACUGAAUCCAGGAGAUCCUGGACCAUUAGAUGUGAAUUUUGGAGAAUUGCUUUAUUCUCGUUGUUCAGUACUUGAUAGUAAUCAAUAUUCAUACAGAUGGAUACAACGUGCACCUGAUGGGACUAUAAAAGAAAUAUCUUCUGACGCUAGACUUUAUAUAACGAAUUUUGGACCGGAACAUUUACAGUAUCCAUUACGAUGUGAAGUUACGCGAUUAUCAGAUGAUGAAACUUUUGAGAAAGUUUUAAAUCUUCGACUAGCUAUGCAGCAUAUUGUUAAUAUUCGACCAAUUACUGGUGAAGUCAUCAUUGGCAGACCGUAUGAAAUGGUUUGUGAAGUUGAACCGCAACCGGAAGAGCCAAUAAGUUUUGUAUGGUAUCAUAAUGCCAAAGUUGUGCAUCGUGAAGCAUUAUUACGUUUGAAUUCAUUAUCGUAUCGUGAUAUAGGUAUGUAUAUAUGUCGAGCUGAAUGGACACCAAGAUAUUCACGUACUGCUAUAUCAGCUAAUGCAACAGCUGAAUUAAGUUUGGCAUUGACACGAGAAACAAAAAUUGAAAUGAGUCCUCCGCCUGGUUCAGUUAUGGUUUCUUUACCUGGAGAAACACGUGAACUUCACUGUGAAUUUCCUGUAGCUAAUCCAAGAGAUGUUAGGUGGUAUUUUGAAAAUCAAUUAUUAGAGAAUCAUCCAACUGUGAAUGCUACAGGCAAAAUAUUUCGUAUCGAUCGUUUAAGAGUAAGUAUUGUGACAAUUCGUGGCAUAGAAUAUGAUCAUGGAGGAACAUACGAGUGCAGAAUUGGUCGUGAUAUAAAACAAGCACAUUUAGUUGUUAGAGCUGAAGAAGGAUUGGAAAUCAAUCCAAAGUCGGAUACAGUUGAUGAAGGUGAAGCAGUAGAAUUUCAUUGUCGUGUACAUGGAAUGGAUGGCAACAUUAAUCGUCAAUUAGAAUGGUAUUAUAGACCAUUUUAUAGUUCGACACGUGUACGUCUUGAUGUUGAUACACCUGAUAGUUUUAUGCGUCAUGAUGAUCUAGUUGCUCAACAUACCAGUUUUAUUAGUAAAAGCAGAGCACGUGUUGCUGAUCAAGGUGAAUAUAUUUGUAGACUACCAUCUCAAAAUGAAGAAAUUGUCGGAAAACUUUUUGUUAGAGCAGUAAAAAGUUACAUAUUGACAAUCACACCUCAGAGAUUGACUGUUCGACCAUAUCAACCAGUAGAGUUUGAGUGUUUUGCCGCAUCUGAAGAUGGACAACCGGCUCCAUUUACUCCACGAUUUCGAGUUAUAGAUUCAAGAAUCAGUUUCGAAACUACACGUGUCAGUGAAAACCGUGUAAGAUUUGUGUUGCAACGAGGAUUAGGUCCAGAUCAAAAUGGAACGAUUGUUGAAUGCCUUUCAGAUGAACCAAGUAAACCAACAUCAGCAAUAAUUACGGUUGAAGAUAUCUGUCCGGAUGGUUCACGUCGCUGUCGUUCUGGUCAGUGCCUACCAGCUGGAAGAUUCUGUGAUGGAGUGAGGGAUUGUGAUGAUGGUUCGGAUGAAGAUCCUAAAAUGUGCAAUAUUUGUGAUCCACUUUCAAGAAAAUGUGAAUAUUAUCAAGGAAAAGAAUCGACAGUAUCAACAUUUAUGGUACAUUGGACUUGUGAUGGUGAAAAUGAUUGUGGAAAUGGUUUUGAUGAAUCAAAUUGUGAAGCACGAGCUUCAGAACGUUGUCAAGAUCGAAUGUUUAGUUGUAGACGAGAUGGUCGUCAAAUUCCAAUGGCUUUUGUAUGUGACAAGGAUCGAGAUUGUAGUGAUGGUGAAGAUGAAUUAACUUGUGCUCCGCCAAUGAUUGCCGAACCACGUACUACACGUUAUUCUGUCCGUAGAGGUGAUACUGUAGUUCUUGUUUGUGAAGUCACAGGCAAUCCUGUACCCUAUGUGAUAUGGCGCUUCAAUUGGGGGUGUCUUCCUGAGGAACCUAAUCGUUUUAGAAUAAGCAAUGUACCCAGAAACUGUAAUGCACCAAUGCCAACUGUCGUGAGUACCCUGACAAUUUCAAAUGUAAGACCAGGAGAUGAUGGAAUUUAUAAUUGUGAAGGUCUUUCAGGAGCUACUCGAGCGUUAUCCAAUGACUUAGUUGUCAUGAUUGGAGGUUAACUAAUUUAUCAAGUUUCAUGAAAAGCCAAUAACAACUUCCAAUAAAUAAAUAAAAAACAACAUUGAAUUUAUUUAAAUAAAUCAAUUUUAAAAAAAAACAGAGACAUUUUAGAAGUGUUUUCUUUUUAGUUAAUAAUAUUCCUAUUCAGUUUGAAUCUGUUCUAUUCUUUUCAAAAGAUAAUGAAGUAAACAAUUUAAACAAGCAAAUUUUCAAAAUAUUUAUAUACAUAUAUAUACAUAUAUAUAUCAACAGUUAAAACAAACAAACAUUUAGCUAUAUUCAAUAAUAUAAAAAAACUUAUUUAUUUUACAUAUUUAUUUAUCAAUUAUUAUAUAAGAAUUAAAUGUUUCAAUCAUAAACAAUACUAUUAAUUCAAAUGAUCAAUUCAAUAUUCAAUAAUAAAGUGCAUUUUUCAAAAAAAUGUUUUAAUGAAUCACAUUUAGUAAUUUUACAUUAUCAGAUAUAAUUAUUUAAUUAUACUGUCAAUUUAUUUUCAUUAUUUAAAGAAAAACGACAAUCAACCAAAGGGAAAUAAUUCAACUUUGUAUUGAAUAUGAAUAAUUUCUAUGGUAAAUUAAUAGAAUUGUUUAAUGUUAAAGAUUUCAAUGAACAAAUGGUAUAUAUUCUUCAAUAUGAUGUUUUUAUUUUAUUUUUCAGCUUAAUAAUGAUACAAAUUGAGUUAUUAAUCUUAAUUAAUUAUAAUGUUAUUUUAGAAAUAUUUACGCUUAAAAAAUAUUUUUUUUCUUUUUCAUGUUUAAAUAAAAAAUGCUAAUAUUUCUUUGAAUUGAUUAUGUUCUAUGUUGCUUUGGAGAUUUUGUUUCUUAGAAUAACUAAGUAUCCAUGACAAUUCAUACUUAGUAAACGUCUGAAUAUACAUUUUUAAAAAAAAAGAUGAGUGAACUCUGAACUUCCUGUCAUCAAUGCUUUUUAAACAAUUAAGCAUAAGUUGGUUAACGGUAACUACUGAGAUUUGUAAAAAAAAAAAGAAAUUUUGUUACAUUUUUGGCAAAAUCUUGUAAUUUGAGCUACAUGGUUUAACACAAGAUCUUCCAUUUUCUUUCUUAUUGGACAUCAUCAUCGGUACCCAGUUAAAGUGAAAAUGAGUCUUUCAGAAUUACAUUAUAAGAGCUGAACUAGUAUUUUUUGAUGGUUAUUUUUGCUGUCUCUGUAUGCUCCGGCAACUUUGUAUAUCUCUAGAUUCUAAUCAACUGUUUUGUUCGAUUGACCUCUAACCAUAUCACUCGGUGACCUUCUUCAUAUGUUUGGAAAAACUGAGUCUAUAUUGAUAUGAUUUUCAGCUACCUAUCGGACUAAAUAUCAUACUUCUCUAUGUUUUCUAAACUUUUUGGAAUUAUCUCGGACCACAUAAAGCAUAAAAUCACUGCUUCUGUUUAAU